UUAUGUCUAUUUAUUUUCUUUAUCAUUUAUAUUUCUGUAAUGUUAUUAAUAAAAAUAAAUAAAAAAAACUGACUACAACAAAGAAUCAUUAUCCAAUUUAAUACAAAUCUUCACCUAAUAUUCUUGCUAACCUCCAAUAAUAACGACCAUUUAAUUAUAUUUAGCACAAUUAGGAAAUCUGCAAUUGUAACGUUUUAAAGUAGUUUUCUUAAGCCAAAAAAAAAAAAAAAAACUUUUUAGUAGUGAAGUUUGAACAUAUAUACCACAUUCUCUAGUCUUUGAUGAGAUGGACAUGACCCAAUCAGUCUGUAGUUGCUUUGACAAUAAACACCGUUUACAGCAGCAGCGGAGGUGGAAGGAGUGCAGACAAGAUGGCAGCCGAGUUUCAACCACACCCAUUAAAGGAGCAGUUGCCUGGUGUUCAGUACUGUGUUAACAGUCCUCCUCCAUGGCCUGAAGCUGUAGUGUUGGGAUUACAGCAUUACCUUUUGAGUCUUGGAAUUACAGUUUUAAUUUCAAGUAUGAUUGUUCCUCAGAUGGGAGGUGGAGAUGCUGAAAAGGCCAAGGUGAUUCAAACCUAUCUGUUUGUUUCAGGCUUAAGUACGUUUUUUCAGUCAUUAUUUGGGACCCGAUUACCAACUGUGGUGGUGGGUUCUUAUACAUAUGUUAUUCCCACAACUUCUAUUCUACUAUCCACAAGAUACAACACAAUCCCAGACCCAGAGGAGAGGUUUGUACAAACAAUGAGAGGUGUACAGGGUGCUUUAAUCAUAACUGCAUGCUUUCAGAUAGUCAUGGGUUUCCUGGGUCUGUGGAGAAAUGUUGUGAGGUUUCUUAGUCCCCUUUCUGUUGUCCCAGUUAUAACUUUUGCUGGACUUAGCCUAUAUCGUCUUGGUUUCCCCACGCUGGCAAAGUGUGUUGAAGUUGGACUUCCAGUGUUGAUCGUCUUUGUUUUCAUCUCACAGUAUCUUCCUCGUUAUAUACUAUCAAAGACACAAAAAUGUGAUAGAUUUUCAUUGCUCUUCUCGGUUUUAAUUGGAUGGUUAUACGCAUUAGUUUUGACAUCAAGUGGUCUGUACAACAAUAAACCAAUCCACACUCAAGUUAGUUGCCGUACUGAUAGAGCUGGGCUUAUUCAAAGAGCUCCUUGGGUGUAUAUGCCUUAUCCCUUUCAAUGGGGUAGCCCUACUUUUAAUGCAGGUGAAGCUUUUGCAAUGAUGGGAGCUUCUUUUGUUUCUCUCUUUGAGUCAACUGGUAUUUUUUUCACUACAGCAAGAUAUGGAAGUGCCACACCUGUUCCACCUUCUGUAAUUAGCCGAGGUGUUGGCUGGCUGGGUAUGGGUGUUCUACUUAAUGGCUUGUUCGGUUGUCUAACUGGCACUACUGCAUCAGUUGAAAAUGCUGGUCUAUUAGCACUGACAAAAGUUGGAAGCCGAAGAGUAAUCCAGAUUUCAGCAGGUUUCAUGCUUUUCUUCUCCAUAUUUGGAAAGUUUGGAGCACUUUUCGCUUCAAUUCCUAUGCCUAUUAUAGCAGCAUCAUAUUGUGUUUUAUUUGGCUAUGUUGCUUCCACUGGUUUCGGUUUUCUCCAGUUCUGCAACUUGAAUAGUUUUAGGACAAAAUUCAUAUUGGGCUUCUCUUUCUUCAUGGGAGUUUCAGUACCACAAUAUUUCAGGGAAUAUUAUCACACAGAAUCCUAUUCUGGGAAAGAGCACCAACCUGCUGGAUGGUUUAAUGAUAUAGUGAUGGUCAUCUUUAUGUCUCAUACCACGGUGGCUGCUUUGGUUGCUUUGAUCUUGGAUUGUUCACUAUCUCGAGAAAAUGAUUCGACAAGAAAAGACAGUGGCUUGCAUUGGUGGGAGAAGUUCAGCUUAUAUGGUUCAGAUGUCAGGAAUGAUGAAUUCUAUGCAUUGCCAUUCAAGUUGGAUAAGCUUUUCCCAGCCCUUUAAACCUUUUUUUUUUUUCCUUUCUCUUUGCAAAUUCUCUCUGAAACUGAGAAGUCCCUCCCACUGCUUCAUUAAUUAUAGUCCAAUAAGGGGAAGCAUAAAUGAGACAUUCACUUUGCUUGACUAUAGUUUAUGCACUUUUCUUUCUUUUACACACUA